GUAAAAACCAUUGAGGCAAAGUUAUCGUGAAGGGAUGGAAUAAGGCACUAGGACCUAGGAGGCGUCGCAUCCACCCUGGCAGGAAUUUCUUGCUUGGAGCUCAGACAACAAAGGCAGAGUGAGCCUGGUUUUCUUUCUCUCAGCAUCUCCACCCUGCACGCUGAAAACCGCUUCAGAUCUUUAGGGUUCACCAAACUAUGGAACUUGAUUUUGGACACUUUGACGAAAGAGACAAGGCGUCCAGAAACAUGCGAGGCUCACGUAUGAACGGGCUGCCCAGCCCCACUCACAGUGCUCACUGUAGCUUCUACAGAACCAGGACCUUACAGGCACUGAGUAACGAGAAGAAAGCUAAGAAGGUACGUUUCUAUCGCAACGGGGACCGCUACUUCAAGGGGAUUGUAUAUGCCGUGUCCUCUGACCGCUUCCGAAGUUUUGAUGCUCUCCUGGCUGACCUGACCCGGUCCCUGUCCGACAACAUUAAUCUGCCUCAGGGAGUCCGUUACAUUUACACCAUCGAUGGAUCACGGAAGAUUGGGAGCAUGGAUGAGCUGGAGGAAGGGGAGAGUUACGUCUGCUCAUCUGAUAACUUCUUCAAGAAGGUAGAAUACACCAAGAAUGUCAAUCCCAACUGGUCUGUCAACGUGAAGACAUCUGCCAACCAGAAAGCACCUCAGUCUCUGGCCAGCAGCAACAGUGCCCAGGCAAAGGAGAAUAAAGAUUUUGUGCGUCCCAAGCUGGUAACCAUCAUCCGCAGUGGGGUGAAGCCCCGGAAGGCAGUCCGUGUGCUCUUGAACAAGAAGACUGCCCAUUCGUUUGAGCAAGUUCUCACCGAUAUCACUGAAGCUAUAAAACUGGAGACGGGAGUGGUCAAAAAGCUGUAUACCUUGGACGGGAAACAGGUGACCUGUCUCCACGAUUUCUUUGGGGAUGAUGAUGUGUUUAUCGCCUGUGGUCCAGAAAAAUUCCGCUAUGCACAGGAUGACUUCUCUCUGGAUGAAAGCGAGUGCCGGGUGAUGAAAGGGAGCCCCGCGACUGCCACGGGCAGUAAGUCAUCUCCCACCCCUCAGAAGAGCUCAGCAAAGAGUCCAGCCCCCAUGCGCCGGAGCAAGUCUCCAGCCGAUUCAGGUAACCAUCAAGAUGCAAAUGGGACCUCAAGCAGUCAGCUGUCUACACCCAAAUCAAAGCAGUCCCCGAUCUCCACACCUACCAGCCCAGGGAGCCUCCGUAAGCACAAGGACUUGUAUCUGCCUCUGUCUUUGGAUGACUCUGAUUCCCUUGGAGAUUCCAUGUAAAGCGACAUGAAGCUAAAUGUCCAUAUUGCAAGUUAUGUUUAAGAUAUAGUAGAGUACUUCUGCCAAAAUAAGCAGAUAGAUGACUGGUGCUUUCAAAUCAGACAAAGGACACACAGUUAUAUGUCAUUUUUUUUCUGUGAUUUAUCUUCUGUGCCACAAAUCAACACCUACCAGUCUAUAGAGAUAGAGGGAUACCAUUCUUCAAAGUUAUAGGGAUGCAAAAUGGACAUUGCACAAAAUUUGGGGCCAAUAUGUCAAUGAUCCUGUGCAUUUCCCCUUUUAUUCUAUUAUUUCUUCUGCUGCUGCAACUCUUAUUUUCCUAGUGAUAGUAAAGUAGCUCCCCCUGGAAGUGUGCAAAUGGAUCGCUUGCUGACCAAUUUGCAAGCUCAAGUAGAGCAAAUGAUAGUCUCCACCUGUCCAAACUGCCAACGUUUGCCAGCUCACCUGCACCCCAUUUGCAGCCCUGAUUUUAGCACCUGCAUACUAACUAGUAUUGUCUUUCUUGUUGGAGGGCAGGAGGGAAAAUAAAUUACUAGUUUGAGGCUUAAUAUGCCAGCAGAAGCUUGGAUGACAUUAGGAAUGAUUGUGUAAGAUGCUAAGUAAGGUUAGUACAACAGCAAUUCAAAUAUUGGGAUUUUUUUGUUGUUUUAAUAUUUUAAUGAUUAAGAAAAAAAAAGUUAGCUAUCUGGAGUGGAACACCUUUCACAUAUGAUCCAAAGAUACUGCUAGCUGGUAACAAAUUUUUAUAUCUACCUUAUGGUAUCUCUCUAUCUCUGUAACAGUAAUGCCUUGUGAACAGCCAACACUGAAAACACUGUGAAAAUUUGUUUUCAGGUUUGACACCCUAUAGGUCACUUUUUAUAGCAAAAAAUCAAUACACUUUUUAUAAAGGAAAACCUUGUAUCUGUGUUUUGGGAGUGAGGAUUCAAGCUCCUUCUUUUUUAUAAAAACUGGUAAUUUUCUUUUGUUUAAAAAACAAGUUCAGAAAAAUGUACAAAAAAACCCAACCAACAACUGCAGAACAGUAAGAUCAACAACUCAGUUUAGAAAUCUUGUCAUCACUGCCAAAACAGACACAUGUAGGGGGAAAAAAAAGUCAAUUCAAAGUAUUGAAUGUUUUGAUAGUUUUUGUAAUGUUUAAGACUACAUGUUUGGUUUUUUACACUUCAGUAUUCCUAACUAUGGCCAGAUUCUCUACUUAUAUAGCAAAUGGAAUUUUGUGGUGUUUAAAAACCCGUAUUUUAAGAAACUCUUCUAUCUGACAAAAACAAACUGUAUUUAGAGAAAUCUUUUGCUUUUACUAAUCGGUAAUGACUCCUACAGAAUGCAAAGUUCAUCUAUUCACGCAGGGCUGGUGGUUUUUAAUACGCCGAAGCUUUGUCAUAGGCUAGCUGGCAUUGCCUCCCUUUCUCAUGGAAUAAGCUUUCGAUGAAACUGAUUAUUACAGAACUUUACCUAAAUGAAAACUGUGCAAUCAAAUCUUUCUUUGUUGCUCUAUUUGCCUUUGUUUCAAUGUACACAUCUAUUCCCUAUUGCCUUGCAACUCCUUGUGAUUAGAAUGAAUUAUAACAUUGUGAUGCUUGAUGCUACAUGAAUGCUGAGUUGUUCCCAAAGCCACUCCACAUUUUGUUUGCUUGCAUUGCUGGUAGGAAACAAUCUGUGCAGGCUGCAUCUUUAGAGGUUCAUGUAAUGAUACAUAUAAUGCAACUUUAAAAAGAGAUUUAUCUGAGAGAGGCUAGGAUUGGGAAUUAUCAAGGGGUCAGAGUUGUUAUGCACCAAAUUUGCACCCAGUAGUCUUAGUGCAUGAUCAUUUACAUCCAGAGUUUUGCAUAAGAAAUCAUUUGUUCCCACAAAUAACUCCAUUUAAUUGAAUAACUCUCUGACUACACAACUGCUAAAUGAUUGUCUUGCCUGUUGUAUAUAGAAUCUUGGUUUCAGUUCAAAGGCUAAGGGCUCCUGUUGAAGUUUUGUGGGGAAAAGGAUGGUAGUGUGGACAAAGCAUAGGUACGCUAGUCAGGACACCUUCAUUCAGCCCUUGGCUUUGCUAAAUUUAGUGUCUGAAUGGGAGCAGGUCUCUUAGUAACCCUGUGCCUCAACCUGUCUAUCUGUCCCUACAGGGACAAUACUGUUCUACCUCACUGGGGGUUGUGAGGCCAAAUGUUGGUUAACAUUUGUAAAGUGCUUUCAGAUCCUCUAACAGAAGGUGCUGAAAUAUUCUGGGUGCAGAUUUGGUUAUGGGUGCUAAUUUUUGGCUGUUUAAUCAUGUGGGUGCUACUGUAGAUUCUGGUCAUGAGAAAAUAUGACCUUUUAAGCGUAAAGGUGUCAAAGGCCAUGGUUAUGCUAACAAUAGUAUUCAUCAGAGAUUUUGUCUUGGUAAAAGCUUUAAUGGGAUAGAUAAUUUGACAUGCUUUUACCCUCUCCUCUGUUCUGUUGGUGGAAAUCUCAGACUCCCUCCCCGGUCUCUGCCUUUCCAGGGACCCUGACUAGAAGUCAUGACCCUGCCUGUUAGAGAUUAUGAACUUGGACUCCAGUCAAAGGUUUAGUCACUUCAGUGACACAGGCCAUUCCUGUUGUAGUCAGGGUUAGCAUGUCCUGCCACCCUUCCUCUGAGUCUCUGCUAAACCAAGAGACCGGCCAUGAAAUCACAUCUACGUUCUCUUGCUAUUCAGUGCAGGACACUUACCACAGAUCUACCAGGAAAACCUAAAUCUUUGAUAUCCAUAAACAGAUGGAACUUCUCGAGCUGAUGGUGAUAGGAAAGGAGUCCGAGAUGUGCUUUCAUCCAGUAACUGUGAGUUCAGUUUGUAUCUGAUAAGGCAAGAAGCCAAGGGGUUAAUGCACCUUUGGAUAGAUGGUUGUUGAGGUAGCUGUUGAGAAGUGGUUCCUUUCCUUCCUGCCACACAUAGUGUUUGGUUGUUUGAAGAUGCUCUUCCUGGUGAAGUGUGCUAAGGAAUCACUGAGGCCUUCUUCCUGAUCUGGACCUAGUGAUGCAUCUAAAACCUGAUCCUGCAAGUGCUCCCUUGGGAAUGGAGAUAAUCGUGGGGUGAGGCUGAGCCCAACAAUUCCUUCAGGGAAUUAGGAGGACCUUGAAAAGACCUAGAAGAAGAAAAAAAAAAUGUUCAGUGGGAAAGAUAGCCAUUCAAACCUGGAGAAGCCACAAAGAAAACAGGGUAUGAGGUCAAACUCCCAAGUUUUAAAAACCAAUUUUCUAGGUAGAAAUGCCGGGGCAGUAGGAGAAGUCAGUGAGCAUUUCAGCUGUAACAUAUAGUUAAGUCUGUAUUAAUGCCAAUAUUGCAUGAGUUCUUGUACAGAAAUGCAUGUGGAAUGUUACCUACAUUCAAAACUAGUUAUCUUUGGCUUUGUAGGAUCCCUAACAUAGAUUUGAAUUCAAAGAGAAACAAUGCACAGAUAUUGUACCUUAGUCAUUGAAAUAUAAGGACAGCCCUGAUUCAGGAAAGAACUUAGACAUGCUUAAAUUUUAACGUGUGCUUUACUCCUGUUGAUUUUUCAUGAGAUUUAAGCUUGGGUUUGGUCAGAAAGCUUUCCUGAACUGGAAUGAAUUAGUAACUACUUUCAAAAUACUAUAAUAAUUCCAGACCCUAUGAGAUCUUGGAGUAGAUGAUAGUAAUUCUACUAUAUACUGUAGAGUUUACCUUUUAUUUUUUUUUCUACUUUUACAAGCACAUAAAACUCCACAGGAUGUGAGGAUUUGCCAUAUUAAUUCUGCUGUAAAAACCUUGUCUAAUUUGCCUCAUGAGGCUGCCUUUAGUGUUGUCAGAGACUAAUUGAAACACUAAGACUAUAUUGUUUUAAAACAAUACAGUAUAUAAAAACAAAUUGGAGAGACUCUUAAAGUAGUAGGGCUUUGUUUCUUCAAAAUCUGACUUUAUUCAGUAUCCAGUAUAUUUUAGCAAAUUUGUAUAUAUAGUAAAAAUACGUGUUUCAGAUACAAUCAUUAGGCAGGAAUUAGAGCAAUCCUCCAAGCACAGACUGAUGUAUUUAGUAUUUGUUCAUUCCAGUGAUGGUCUUGACUGUAGAAGAUCAGGGCAAUGCAGCAAAAUCUUCAGCCUUAGGAUUUUUGUUACUUGUAAAGCAUUUAUAAUCCUGAAGCUUCUGGGUUAAAGCCUCAUGUGUUAUAAGAUUUGGAGCUAGUUCAGUUCCACCAGCUAAACAGCCAACCAAGACUAUACCUUGAAGCAGUUUUGAAAGAGACUGGUAACAGGAUUUUACCUGGUGCACCCUGCAGUGGGAGAUGGAAAUAGCUUUUGCUUACCAUUGUCUGUGUUUCCUAUAUCUGCACAUUAUUUACAGUCUUCCCAGGAGCUAGAAACACUAUUUGUGUCAUUUUCAUAGAAAACAGAAAAAUAAUUCUGCUUAGAAAACAACUUCCACAUCUCUCUUUCACAUUUAGCUAACACAUACAUAUGCAUGCAAAAAAAUCACACACACAGUCUAGCUGUUAUUUUUCUCUCAUUUGCCUGAACAGUACUUUUGAAGGGAAAAAAGGGAGGUAGGACCAAAAAUUGUGGCAAACAGCAAAAUAAUGUUACACCCAGGCAUUUCAAUAAGAAAUAAUGGCACUAAAGUGUUAGUUUCUCCUUAGCCAUGUGGAUACUGAUAUUUUCUACGAUGCCUUGUGUUUGCUUUUUUCAUGCCUUUGAGGUCAGUGCUGAUCUUCUUGCUACUUUACAUAACACUUUAUGAAAUUUCUCUGCAAUGCCAUGCUGAACCCCUAUACAGACACUGUUCCAGUGACAGCCAUCCCUGAAAGUUGCAUCCUCUCUGCAGGGGCAUGGUGUGGACUUUACAGUAAGAGACUUCUUUAUUGCAGUGAGAGCAUGAGUGUAUUUUGUCAUUGACUUCAGUGGUACACCACAUCCAUUCAAGGCAACUGGAGAGUUGUCUUUUACUAUAGUAGAGGCAGAAUCAUUUUUAGAGAAAGGAAGAAAAAUAGACAAGUAAAGUAGGUAUAAAAUUAGUCCAGGAAGUGUCUCCUCAAGCUAAGACAAUCCACAACCAGAGAAAAGCUGUAUAGAGGUGCAUUUACCACACACGAGGUGCUGAUGGUGACCAAGACAGAACAAAACAGCUACUUUUUUCUAGUGGUGAUUUAGGCUCAAAGUUAUUUUUCUGGUUGCUGAUGGAAGCAGGCUGGAACAGUAUUUGGGACUGGUGCAGUUCUUUGUAGAAGUAAAUGGAUGGCACGAGAUGAAAAUCUUUUUCUGUCUAUCUAGAUAGAAAGUGAGGUCAGUCCAUGGAACAGGAUUAGUGCUUUACACAAGAUACCUAGAAGAGAUCCAGCUGAAACACCAACUUAGUGUAAUGAGACCAAGAUGGUUAAGACUCUAAGUGCCUUCCAACAUGCUUUGGGCUUCAGAAGCGGGACAACACAUGUCCAACAAGGCCUAGGUAAAAAUGGCCUUGACAAAAGGGGACAGAACAGACUUUGAUUCGGGAGAUAUUUAGCCCAUCUUGCAUUUAUUCAACCAGCUCUUGAAAAGUGUUGUCUCCAGAAUCAGAUUUCUUCUGGCAGAUGCCUCUGUCCCAUUUGUAUGAAUCUGAGCAGGCCUCUCCACGGUAUCUCAGGAAAUGUUAAAGCUGGGCCUUGUGUCGCACAGUGCAGCCACUCCUCACUGACUGUGGAGUGAACUCGGCUGGGUUCUGCUGCACUGGUUAUCGAUUCUGUCGUUCAGAUACUCUUCACCCUCCUUUUUUGCUCCUGGCUUGAGAUCUGGUGUCUUCAGGUAAAAGGCUGGGGCCAGCAAUGUGUACAGACCCCUCGUUUUGUUUUGUUUUGUUUUCUCUGGAACAGAUCUAGUCAUUUGAUGUUUGUCUGAAGGUCUGGGGCCAAGCUGACAAAAGAACACAUUUUAAUAGGGAGAGGGGAGAUUGUAAGUGGGUGGAUGGAAAGGCUUUUUUUCAGUAAUGCCACUGCACAGCUGCUCUGACAGAAUCCCAGUUGUAGGGUAGGGUAAGACUACUACUUCUGCAGGUGAAAAUGCAGAGCUUUGGGGUCACAGACCACUAUCCAUUCCUCAGGACACUGUUUAGGGAAGAUUAAAAACACUGACACCCAUUUUCAGCCAAUAGCUGAGCUUCUGAGCAAAUGAGAAUCAAACCUAGUGGAUUCAGCAGUGGGAUUUCAGAGCCACUCGGGUUUCAGAGCUAUUGGUCUUUGGAAUAACUGUAGACGAUCAAUUCUCCUUGUGCUGUGGUGUCCCAAUGCAUAAAGGGCUGAUAACAAUACUUGCGUCCAUCUCUAAGGUGCUUUGAGAUAAGCUGAUACAAAGAGCUUGAUUUUAAGUUUUAUUUAUUACUUAACAAAGUCUGAAAACCUUAUUGAAGCAAACUAUGGUCCAUUGUCUUUGGCAAGUCUUUUCUGGAACUCUGGCUCUUUCAAAACUAUGCUGUAAAAAUGCUUCAUUAUUUUACUUAUGGUGAAAGACACACACAUCAUUUUUAGUUCCCCAGAACCCAUGGAGGAGUCAGCAGCACCCUUGAGAUCAAGGCCAUGUCUAUAUCCAGCAACCCAGUCCUCUCAUCUGGAGUUGCCUGAAUAGAGACCCCCACUGCCCCUCUUUUUGUUACAUGUUCAUGUACAUAUCGGGGGCAAUUUGUGUUACCAUUCGAAAUGUGGGCCUCAUAUUUGUAAAUGAUGAAUAAGUCUAAUGAUUUCUGUGGCCUUCUACCAAGAAAACAGUGGGCCUGUUGUUGAAAGCUUUCUUGUUUAGAAAGUGUUCAUGGCCAGAUGGCUUCAUGGGAAAGAGUUGCCUUUCAGUUUCAUUGCUUAAUGCACUUAGUUGAACUAACCUAUUCUGGCUCUUGCUCUAUAUCUCAAUGAACUGUAACUCAGGACUCUUGAGCCAGUUUAGAGCUGCCCUAGGUCUGACAGUUUAUCACUCAAACAACUGAAGAAGGAGGAUGCUCAAAGGGAAUUAACAAAUCUUUGCAGUAAUUAGAGUCUGUCAGCUGAAAAAAGAAAGUUGGCAUCAUUAGAGAAAGAUGCCAUGGUGGCCAAUGUCAUGGGAAAGAAAGAAAAAAAUACUUGUUUCUAAGAAGAAUGGUAGGGGGAAUUUGUCAGGAGAUAUUUACUGAGUGAUGAAAUGAGCUUGAACUUCACAGAAAAUUAAAUGGAAGGGAGAGCAUGAGGCAGAGCAUUGGAAAUGUCAGUGCCAUUGAUGUCUGGGAAUAAUAAAAUACAAAAGCCAAGAACUUCCAGGGAUGAACAAAAGGGGAGGUGGGGGCUAGCUGAGGAUCUACAGCUUGGUUCUGGGCAGAAAAGCAGCAGGGGUUCCUGGCUGCAUGUUGAGAGAGUUAUUGACCGUGCAGGUAUCUAAGCCAGGAUGCAGGCUACCUGCCACAACAGUGUGUGUCCCACUCCCGAUGGCAGAAAUAAGGUCACACUUGGCCUCAGGCAGGAGAACUUGGUUUGAAGUUCCUCCCCUGCUCCUGUUUUACUCUCCUGCCAAUAUGUGUCAUCCCUAAAAGGGGGAAGGGAAGAUCCAGCCCUUUGCUGAAUGACAGCACCAACCUGUGGUUUGGAUUUUAUUUUUAUUCCUCCCUAUCAGAUCAGAAAUAGAAAUUCAUCAGCAUGCCCUGGCUGGGAGAAUGACAGGCCUGGCACACUGGGGAAUUGCAAAACAUGUGCAAGAGAAUAAUGAGGGCACCUCCAAACCUCCCAUCCCUUCCCAGGCUGCUCAGCAAACUCUGGAAAAAGUAACAACCCACUUGCACCAGGGUGAACAGCCAAGACAGGCUCCUGGAGGAGGUUACCUUGAUUUGCUGUGCAGGCAGAGGGGCUGAUGAUCUUGUCCAUGCAAUGCCUGGCCACGUAUGAGAGAGCUGCUGCCUUCAGUGAUCAAUGGGAAGUCCGUGCUGAACAAGGGGAUCUGUGUUUAACACAGGUUUUCUCAUGAGAUAUUUUUUCUAAAUUCAGUUGAGUUACAGUGCUUAUGAAUUUAAUCCUAAAAGGCAUAACAGAUUAUUUAUCUGAACACAUUUUUUUGCUAUUUAGUCUCAGAUUUAUUUUUUUUUCUACAUAAAGAUUGCACCUCUUUGUUUCCGUAGAUUCUCAGAUGCUCAAUAUAGCACAAGUGAAACCCAAUACACCUAAUUCUUCGCUGCUUUAAACAGGCAGAAGGUCCUCUGUAAUUAAGGGAGCUGAAUCCAUUUGGUCCAAGGUUGGUCUCCAAUUUCAAAGAUUGAUUACUGUCAAUAAUUUUUGUGUGAUUGAUUACUUAAGUGCAGAUUCAGUUUCCUGGGUGACAGCUGCAGACUUUGCAGAGAAAACCUCAUUGACCCCAGCUAUAAAGUGAUCUCUUGUAUGAACCUCUAAUAGUAAGUUAUAUAUGGGAGAUAUUUUGUAUAGUUUUAUUAUAGUUAAUGAUAAAGCUGAAGUAGUUUGUUUAAAUAUCUUUAAACUUGUAGAAUUGAAAAUUAAAGAAGGAACCUUAGCAAAUUAGUGUCCUCUAUGUUUCCUGGUUCUAAAGAGUGUUGGCUUUAUUUCACUUUACUCUCACUUCAGUCUACUAAUAGACGUGUCCUGAGCCCAGCAGGUUUAAGGAACUAGAAAUAACACUUCUAUUUCUUCCAGUAUUUUUUCUACUCUAGUCCCAGCUACUACCAAGCAGAAUAGAGAUUUAUGGUUGGCUUGGUUUUUAUAGAAAAGUAUUACCAAAUGUCUCUGAACAUAAAAAAGAAGGUUCAGUUCAUUGUGGGUGACUCAUCUAAACUCAAGGCUGCUUUUGAUUUCUAUCCAAGCUGGUUCUUCCAUCUCUAUUUGUGAUGGUUACAUUUAGGAAGUUGAGAUUAAUUUCAGUCACAUUUGAACAGUGGGGUUGUUGCAGAGCAAAGCGAUUCACCUGGCACAUGCAGUCAGAAUGAAACACGUUGGUGGCACUUGGCCAGGGUGGACCUGAACCAAACCCUGGUUCUGAACCCCUGAGUUUCUGAGAAACCCAUGUGCAGAGUCAAACUUCGGAAAUGUCUGUAAUGGACCAAAUGGACCCUGAGUUGGGGUCCAGGCCCAGUUCUUGGAAUGAAGAAUUUUACCUUCAGAGAAUCCCUGUGAAACAUUUAGUGGGGGUUUUGUUGUUGUUGUUUUUUUUUUUUUGUUGUUGUUGUUGUGUUUGGGUUUUUUGUUUGUUUGUUUUUGUUUUGUUUUGUUUUUUAAUUCCAGCAUGGCUUCUUUUGUCCAUCUGCUUCCAAGCAUAGCACAGCAGAUAGGGAUGGAUAUUUAAUUUACUUUUCUUCCCAGGUGGCAGAUGAAAUGUAAUGAUACUCUGUUUCCCUCUCAUGCUGACCACACAGUCAGGAGGGGUUGCAAAACACACACCCUUUUUUCCUUUUUUUUUUUUUUUUUCCACCCCUCUUUACAACAGAAGAGCUAUUUCCAGAUUUAGUGUGAUGUCUAAUGUCUCCUUAAAAAGAAGAAUGUCUAGGGAAUUAAUUGCACUGCUAAUUGGUGUUUAUAGAUAAGGUGAAGCAGAAGUAUUGAAUGUAAGAACAAGAAAGCCUGUGAGUUGUAAUUACAUGCUGAAUUCUGACACGUAAAGUUGUUGUUAGUUUGCUUCUUAUUUAAAUGAUGUGUGAUCCAAGCAGCUUUAUCACUGUGGCAGUACUAGUACAGCUGCGAUUAUCAAUUUAGAAGACACCCAGGGUCUUUUAGAUAGAGGAAACCUGUCUAGCCAAAUCUCCUUCUAGUCUCUGAAAUGACGACACAUUCCCCUCUGUGGUACUCUGUAUUUUAUGACACUGUCUAGUCUAGAAGCACAGGAAAGGAGUUUCAGCUUGCCGACAUUGCUGUUACUAGCCUUUGCCUAAUUUCUUAAUCACAACUCUAAUCACAAGCUAGGGUUAGCGGCUCUCAUUGCAUACACCUGAGUUCUUCAUGCCACUCUUCUCUGAAGAGCAUGAACUGCCUUUGCUCACGGCCCUGCGCUCUGUGGCUCUCUCUGAGCUGCGGAUUUUCCAGCAAGUUGUGUUGAGGGAGGGAGAUAAGCAGCUGAACUGGAACCUGAUCAUGGGUUACUGUCUUAGGUCAUUCAUUGAGUUUGUAUGAUUUCAUCAUUAAUAACAAAGCUGCAAUAUAAUAUAACUGAGAGGCCAUGAUGUAUUUUCUCUUGUCAUUCAGUGGGUGGGGGAUGGAGGGGCAGCCGGGUUUAAAGUUUAGCUGGUAUACUUUAAACUCUGUGUACAUAACCUUGGAGGACAUGUGGGUGGUAAGGGUUCAGUUGUUAUUUUGUUGGGAUCGGUAAAUUUCAGUUUGUUUUUGUUUAAGUAAUAAGGUAUUUAAUUAAUGUCAUUGUACAAAGAGCUAUUAAUUUAAAUGGUGCUUUUGUUCUCCUAAACCAGAUCUAUCUAACCUUUCUUUUUGGCAAGCCUGCAGCAAUGCUAACCAUGUUGACUUUUGUACCUUGGGGGAGUGUGUGGAAGGGGAGGGGAAAUGCUUUUCUCUUCAGACAAAUAACGUUGCCCAUAGUUAACUUUCUGCUUGGAUAUAUACCUUGAAUUUCCUUUAUGCUGAAUUUUUAUGUGAAGUUCUCUUAAAGGGACAGAACAAGCAGAGGUUAUUCCAAAAGAUCUCAACUGUAUCAUCUUGUAAUAUAUUGCAGCUUUAUGCCAAUGAUUCCUUGCUUACCUGUACACUGUCCAUGCAUGUUUUGAACUAAUUUUGCAUUCUCCAUUUGUGGUGAGUUAUUUAGCAUUUUAACCACCUUUUGUGCCAUUCAACUUGUACAGAAAACAUUUUUAUUGACGUUUUAAAGGGAGGGGGAAGAAAAGGAAAAAAAAAAACCCUUCUGCUCCCUAGUUGUAGGUAGAACUCAGUUACUUAGCAAACAGAUGUAGAUGAGUGGUUGUAGUGUUAGAAAUGUUAGCUUGCUCGUGAACAAGCUUUUGAGAGUAAAUGCAUGGUCCUGUACCUCUCUCUUCUUAAUUAGCUCUUCCUUUCCUCCUGGGAAGAUUCUCUCUCUCUCCCUCUCUCUUACUCUGUCUUUGUCUCUCUCGUGGUUGUAAAGUACAGAUUUGGGCAUAAGUAAAAUGAUACACAAUGAGGUUUGAAAAGCAGUUCUCAACAGGUUCUCUCGGGGAACUUAUUUCUCACAGCGCCUUGCCUUGGCACUUCGAUUAGACUCUAACUUUCAAGGUAAACCAGAUGGAGAUCAGUCACCUGUUGCCUCUGCUUGAACUGGGGGACAAGUUAAAUCUUUGGAAGUUUGCGUCACUGGUAAACGAUGAGAUCUCGCUGAUCCAUUGCAGCUGAGGCUUGUGGCACGUGGUGUAUUGGCCGUGGCUUCCACACCUGGUGGUGUUCUACAUGGGACUAGUCCCACGGCCCCUGAUUUGCGGAGUUUGCACACACUUUUUGAUUUUCCUGGAUACACGGCGGUGGGGGGGAAGGGGGCAGAUGGUCUAUAGGAAUUGUUAGGGGUUCUGUAGACAACUCCAUCUCCGCACUCCCAAGUUCUGAGUUGAGUACGCAGGGCUCAUCGUUUAAUAGCUGUGGUUCUGUUGGCAAUGGAAGACAGAAAACAGUCAAAGUCUUGGAAAAGAGGGGGUCUCUCACAAAGAUGGAUUUUGUUAGAAAUGGACUUAAAAAAACCCCACAAAGCCCUGCCACAAAACCACAAAAUGUACCUAGAUCCACACAUCUAUCCCCCAUGCCUCUUCUCCCUUAACAGAAUUUCCUUUUGUUAGAAGAUUUGACUUUCUAGAAAAAAAUUCCAUUUUUGUGAGGUGUUGUGAACUGUUUUUACUACUUGUAAUAACCAUCCCAGGUCUGAGUAUUCUUGUAAUGCAAUGCCAUGCAGCAGAGAACCUGUCCACUUUAUAGCUUUGCUCUCAAUAUUUGUUACUCAUUGUUUUCUCAUCUAAAUGUACAUUUGCAAGAUGUGUGUAAUGUCAUUUUCAAAAAAUAAAAUUUGGUUUCAAUAUUUAGGCCGAUAAAAA